AUGGUCGCGACAGCCUUAGCCGGGCCUCCACCGGUGAAGCGACGCGUGGAGCUGCCCCAGGGCGUGGUCGUCUCAGUCUUGCAAGAAGGUGAUGGACAGCACUUCCCACAAAAGUUGGUUGUUGCCCAUGUGGUGGGACGCUUGCCCAGCGGCUGCGUUUUUGAAAGCACGGAGGGCAAAGGCCAACCACCCAUGACGAUGCUCCUGGGCAAGAAGGCCAUUAUUCCAGGGAUGGAGCUGGGACUGAAAGAGCUGUCACUGGGCUCCAUUGCUGAGAUCCAUAUCCCUGCAGAUUUGGGAUAUGGGGACAAGGGGGUGCCACACAUCGUGCCACCGAGCAGCGACCUCCUUUUUGAAGUGCAAAUACUGGAAGUCGAUGGCACCCAGUCGGCCGCGCAGAGCUUGCAGAGUGCACUGCCGACGGCGGCGAAAGACGACUCGGCUUGCUUGAAGCUUCCUUGGUGGCUGGCUCGAGUGGAGUCUCUGCCACCCUCUCAGUACUAUAUCAACUUCUGUCGCGAGACUGCCGCUGGCCACGUGCCACCCUUGCUAGGGUCGGCGCGGAGCAUUGCGCGAAGAACCAGCACCGAGUUCGACUGCUUCGAUGUCGGGAAAGCCUCGGAGCCUUUCAUCGUGGUGGACAUGCAGGAAGGCUGGCCUGCACAAGACACAUGGGACCUCUCGUGGCUGGCGGGAAAGUUGGGUCACACUCGCCAGCUCGUCAAGUGGCUUGGGCCCAUCUUCACUCGCCAGGAAAAUCUUUGGGAAGCGCCCGUAUACGAAACUUCUCUCAGUGAGUAUGCCGAUUACGUUCGCGAGUUGGAGAGAUUAGACCCAGAUUGCAAAGACGAGAAUGCAGCGAGCUGUCCCAGACUGUACUUGAACGGUUGGCCGGCCUUUGCUCAACUACCAUGGCUUCGGAGUUAUGUGGUUCCUGGGGGUGAGGGGAUCGCGGAUGCUGCCGCUUCAGCGGAUAUGAUCCUGGAGGAUCUGAACUCUUUGCUGAUUCGAGAGUCGGAGGCCCUGCGAGAGUCGCUCCUGGAGGGGCUCACGGCUCGUGGCAGUUAUCAGCCGCCUGAUGCAGAAGAGCAGAAGCAAAAGCUGCAGAAUGAGGACUGGGACUUGACAAAAGUCUUCAUUUCACCGAAGGGGGCCAUCACGAGGUUGCACUUUGACAACGGUGGUGCGCAUGCCUGGCUUUCUCAGAUGGAAGGCCGAAAAAUGUUUGUGCGCUGGACUAAGCGUGCAGUCACACUGGUUGGGCUCGGGGGCAGUCAGCAUUCCUUGGUGAGAGUACUUGGACUGAGGCAUGCCUACUUUCUGUGCUUGCUGUUGGGUGCGUGCCUUCUCGUGCUCGAGACUUUUCUGAGGGACCCGUUGGAACCCGGCAUUCAAGUGAAGCGAUGGUAUAGCAGCAUGCAGUGCCGUUUGCUGCCCUUGCUGCGCCGUGGUCUUCCCAUUUGGGCUUCCGCAAAGGGGCGUUUGAAGGUGCAGGGCGGCGCGGGCGCGGCCGAUCAGCGUGCGCGGCAUUUGUGGCUCCUCGGGGUCGGAGUGGCAGGAGCAGCCGUGAGCAGGCAUGGCCUCCAACCUGUGGCUCUCCAAGCUCCCGUCGAUAGAGCCGAGCUCAUCUACAAGAUUCAGCAGGGUGACGUCGCUGCGGUCCUGAAAGCUCUGGCAGACGCCGUUGGCGGUAUCGAUGAGCCGUUGACCUCCAUUGGUCAGACGGCUUUGCAUAUUGCAUGUGCGGCUGGGACUCUGCCGCUAGUAAUUGCUUUACUCAAAGCUGGGGCAAACGCAAGCGCCAGAGACAGGACAGGUGCGUCCUGUGUGGCUUUGGCAAGCACGGCAGGACACGCACAUGUGCUGGAAAAGCUGCUGGAAGUGGAGGACAUCGCCCUUGAAACCUACGACGUGGCUGGGCUAACGCCCCUGCACAAGGCGGUUGGCUUUGGGCAUCCUGGAUGCCUGCGCCGUCUCCUCGAAAAUGGAGGGAUGGAUCCCAACAUCUGCACCGGUGAGGUGACAAUCCCUGCUGAGUUUGAACCUGCCCCCUCCAGAUACGAAACGGCGCUCCAUGUCGCUUCCAGACUGUUGACCAGGGCCAUCAACAGCCCAGACGGUGCAGGGUCCUCCGAGCAGCAGCAGGAACAGCAGCGAGAGAUCAUGCAGAUCUUGGUGGACUAUGGAGCAGAUCCCACCGCCAAGGACAUCAACGGAGACACGCCUUUGCAUUUCUGCGCUCGCAAUGGCGAUUCGUGGGGCCUGGCGCUUCUUCUGGGAAAUACUGUGGAGCCAACCGAGGCAUUGCGGAUUCGCAACAAAGAGGGCCGGGAUGUCUGGAACUACAUAACAUCUCCCCUCCUGAAGCUCCAAGUGGCCCUGAAGACGGCUUGGAUCCUUGCGAGGAUUUCACAGUCACUCAACGCUGCAGGUGCGGCUUGA